CAAAAUGAACAACUCGCAAUUCCGCCGGCUGCUGCUCAGCGAUCAACCCAAGCAGCAGGAUGGAAGCAAGCAGGGCGCAUCACCGGCCUCGCGCACGCCUGGUGGUGCACUGGGCGCGCGCAAACAUUCAAGCAUACCCAUGACACCGCGUCAGGUAGGCAGAGGUUCUGUUCAGGCUGACUUUGCUCGUCAGCUGGCAGAGCGCAAUGCGAAAGCGAACCCGCAGAAGAAGACACGAGCUUCAGCACCUAAGGGCACGAAACUCGCCGCUGGCUAUACCGAUCGCACGAAGGAACGAGUUGAUGAAGCAGACAGCGAGGUUGCCAAACGUAUCAAGAAUCUCGAGGAGGUGAUGAAGCUUGGACAGAUCGACCGCGAGACGUUUGAGAAGCUUGUGUCAGAGAUCACAGGCGGCGAUGUUGGCACAACACAUUUGGUCAAAGGGUUGGACAGGAAGCUACUCGAGCGAGUGAGGCGGGGCGAGGAUGUUCUGGGCGGCAACAAGGAUACAACAAUCCAGAAAGAGGAGCAAGAGGAAGCUGGUGAGGACGUUGAAGACGCCUUCGAUGAGCUAGCUGAGGCAGAUGUGGGUCCCGUCACCCGCGAGAAGGUGGAGAAGAAGGGCGAAAGGAUGAUGGCACCGCCGCCACCAGUCGCAGGCGCGAAACGAACCCGAGCAGAUAUCCUGGCAGAGCUCAAGCGCCAACGCGAGGAGGCAGCGAAGGCAGCAGAGGCAGAGCAUGAGAAGAGGUUCCCAGCCCUAGGACCCGGCUUUCGAAAAGUUACUCCUCAAGGCGAGCGAUCGAGAAUCGAGAUCGACGACAAGGGGCGCGAGGUCUUAAUCAUUACAGGGCCAGAUGGCAAAGAGAAGAGGAAGGUCAGGAAGCAGAAGGCCGAAACCCAGCCGGCACCCGAGGUACGGCACGAUCUGGACGAUGUUACAAAGCCGAUCAACAUGCAUAAUCUACCUGAACCGAAGAAGCAGGAGGAGUCAGAGGAUGAAGACAUCUUCGCAGGAGUCGGAUCGAACUACAACCCCCUUGCGAACCUCAAUGACGAUGACGACGAGGAGGAGGAGGAGGAAGAGGAGGAGGAGAGAGAAGCUGCACCAGACACUGCAGUCAAGCAAGAAUCCACAACACCAGGCCCUGUCCCUACCUCAGGUGAGGCAAACUCGGAGGCUCCUUCAGCGGAAGCGUCAAAGCCAUCUGAGCCCAGUCAGCUCGCGAAACGAGACUACUUCAAAUCCAGAACUACACAGAGCAGCACUUCCGACACCACCUCCAGUCUCUCUUCCGCGGAUGCCACAGUGCGCGCUGCCCUUGCCAAGGUGCGGAAUCUCGACGAGAAAUCAACACUGCUGCAAAACUUGUCCUCUGCCAAUCCUAGCGACGCCGACUCUAAGGAAGCUCGCCUCAAGAAGCGUGCCGCCGAACUUGCAGCCUCAGAUCGCGAUCUGGAAGAUAUAGAUAUGGGAUUUGGCGAGUCACGAUUCGACGAUGCUGAUGAGAUGGAGCGAGAAGGGGAGAAAGUCAAGUUCAGCGAGUGGAAGGGACUGGGUACCGGUGGUGAUGACGAGGAUGACGACGGACCCAAGGCUGCAAAGAAGAGAAAGCGUGGACCCAAGAAGAGGAAGGGGGAUGUCAACAAUGCGGACGAUGUGCUCCAAGCCAUGGAAAGGCAGAAGGAGAAAAAGACGAAGACGUUGGGGUAGAAGUCUGAUCACGCUAUAUAC